UUUUCCAAUAAUCAAUUCAGUAUUUCAUUCUUGAGGGGUACGCCUUACUUAAUUUGACUUUAAAACCGUGACGGUUUUUCCAGUCAGCUUUGAACGCUUGUAACCAUCAAACAACGAACUCCUAAGGUGGUGAAGUUGACUAAACUUUAUCAAAAAUUUAUUAAAUCGUCUUAGUAAUGAAUGUCUUUUGACACUUCAUAACCUGUAUUUUAAAACGCUUCGCCACUAGACUACGAGUAGUCCCUCUUUCACUUAGUCCGUCGCACGUGACGGACUAAGCAAAAGAGGGACUACUCCGGCGUAGUCUAUUUCAUGACCACCUCCCGUUUAUAACACCACACAAAAACCCUUCCGAAGUUGUAUACCCCAUGAGUUAUAAUGCGGAAUUUUGUUGCAUACCAGUAGCUACAAGAAGCCUGGACCAAAUUUUACAAUGUAAGUGCUGUUUGAUACUGAGUGUAAGCUGUAUGUUGUAAACAUUUACCAUCUUCCUUAUGCUUGUAAAUUUACUAAAUGUACGCGUUUCUAUCAUUACUUAUAGAGAGAAGUUCAAGAGCUAUGUCAGCAAUCAAUGCUGCCAUGAAUUUGUGGAAAACUCAAACGUGUGUGCGGUUCAAGAAAAGGACAACUGAGAGCGCUUAUGCCUACUUUCACAUUGGCUCAGGAUGCACGUCAUAUGUGGGACGGACAGGAAGAAGACAGAUGGUUUCCCUUGCCAGAGGAUGCUGGUACACGCACACUGUUGCACAUGAGAUUGGUCAUGCUCUGGGAUUCUAUCAUGAACAGUCCCGUCCUGAUCGCGACGAUUACGUGAUAAUCAACUGGCAGAACAUUCAGCAGGGUAGGUAUAAAAACAUAGUAAACAUAGUCCCGUGUAUAAAUGUUGAAUGAUCGCUACGAGUAACUCCACCUGCUCUCGUACAUGCAAUUAGAGAAAAACGAGCAAGAAGUGAUUCACUCGUCACGAACGUUAUUUUUACGUUUGUAUGCCGAACCCACCACUACAUGGCCGGGUUGUUCGAGAGGUGGAUAACACAAUCCACCGGAUAAAUCACUUUGCAGCGGAUAGCGUGGUUGGUUUAGUUAAAACGUGUCCAUUGGAUAGCGAUUUAUCCGAAUGAUAGCGUUACGCAGCCUUAAAAACAACUGGGACAACUACAGCAAGUGAAAGUCUAACUACGAUAAGUAUAGUUGUUGUAAUUAAUUAGAAAAUUUGCACAGGCUCUCAUUACCAACUAAACAGAUUUUGAACAGUGGGGAUAAGAAUAAUGAGAUUUGAAAAACCUCAAAUAGGCUGAUCAUGAAUGCCAAAUGGUAGGCAAAAAAGU